AUGCAUAAACUACCACCUGACGCUACCUACGUCGCACCCCAAAUCAACGUGGGCGGCGCCCAACCGCAAGCCGUGGGCAAUUUUACCUACCAGCGCAGCACUCUCUCCACCAGCACCAAAAUCGAUGAUGAAUUGACCCGCCGCCUUCCCAAAGCCAGCCAAGCCUUUGGCCGUCUGCGAAACACAGUUUGGAGUCGACAAGGUCUCCACAUCAACACGAAACUGGAGAUGUACAAAGUGGUCACCCUGCCGAAGCUUCUGUGCGGAGCGGAGACCUGGACGGUUUACAAAAAACAGACUCAGAGGUCCAGUCACUUCCACCUCAGCUGUCUCCGACGGAUGAUGAAGCUGAGGUGGCAGAACCGGAUCCCUGACACGGCUGUACUUGAGCGAACGGGAAUCCUCAACAUAUACGCCAUGGUAAGACAACUGCAACUGCGUUGGAGCGGCCUGCUUGUUCGAAUGGACGACGAGCGGAUACCAAACGAGUCUUCCACGAAGAUGUUGUAA